CCCCCGCGCACAAGGAGGACAGCCACCCUGCAAGGUCCAGGGGGAGCCCCCCCCGCCAGGCCCUGCCGCCGUCCUUCUCCAGCACACCCACCCCCAGAAGGGGGGUCCGGCCCCCUGCCCAGGAAGAGGGGGCUGAGGGCGCUGGAGAUGGAGUGCCCGGAGGAGGAGGAGGAGGAGGACACCGCAGCAGCGGCCUGGGAUUGGGGCCACGCGGCCACCCGGUCCCGCCUGGAGGAGGCCCACUUCCCCGCGAAGGCGGAGGCGGCAGAGCGGAGUGAGUUCUGGGCCUUCUGGGAGCGGCUGCGGCGCUUCCGUGGCCGGCCGGCGGGUGAGAAGGGCCCUGGAGGCGCUGGCCCGCCCGCCCGGCGGCAGGGGUACGAUGCCCGCUGGCGCAUCAACCUGCGGCUGCCGAGGGGGCGGGAAGUGGCGGGCGUGCCGGAGGCCCGGGUGCAGGAGUUCCGCCGAGCCCUGCUGCACUUCCUGGACUUCCAGCAGAAGCGCAGUUUCGCCCGCCUGGCCCAGCUGCAGCGAGACCGGGCCGCCUUGCCCAUCGCGCGCUUCCGGGAAGCGCUGCUGACCGCAGUGGCCCGGAGCCCGGUGGUGGUCGUGGCCGGGGACACGGGCUGCGGCAAGUCCACGCAGGUGCCGCAGUUCCUCCUGGACGCCGGCUACACCCACGUGGCCUGCACCCAGCCCCGGCGCAUCGCUUGCAUCGCCCUGGCCCAGCGGGUGGCCUACGAGAGCCUGCAGCGCUACGGCAACCAGGUCGGCUACCAGAUCCGCUUCGAGAGCUCCUGCUCCUCCGCCACGCGGAUCGUCUUCCUGACGGAAGGGCUGCUCCUGCGCCAGGCCCAGCGGGACCCCACCCUGCCCGGCUACCACGUCCUGCUCGUGGACGAGGCCCACGAACGGCGCCUGCACGGGGACUUCCUCCUGGGACUGCUGCGCCGGCUCCUGCCGGCCCGGCCCGACCUCAAGCUGGUGCUCAUGUCCGCCACCAUCAACAUCCGGCUCUUCGCCGACUACUUCGGGGGGGCCCCCGUCGUUCAAGUCCCCGGCCGGCUCUUCCCCAUCACGGUCCUGUACGAGCCCAUCCCCCCGGAGGAGGGUGGGGCCGGCGGGCGUAAGGAGCGGCUGGACCCCCGGCCCUACCUGCGUGUCCUCCAGGCCAUCGACCACAAGUACCCUCCGGAGGAGAGGGGGGACCUCCUCGUCUUCCUCAGCGGCGUGGCUGAGAUCGGGGCCGUGGUGGAGGCGGCCCAGGCCUACGCCACUCACACCCAGCGCUGGGUGGUCCUCCCUCUGCACAGCACCCUCUCCGUGGCCGAGCAGGACAAGGUAUUCGACAUGCCCCCCCCGGGAGUCCGGAAGUGCAUCGUCUCCACCAACAUCGCAGAGACAUCGGUUACCAUUGACGGUGUCCGAUUUGUGGUGGAUUCAGGGAAAGUGAAGGAGGUCAGCUACGACCCGAAGGCCAAGAUGCAGCGGCUGCAGGAGUUCUGGAUCAGCCGAGCCAGCGCCGAGCAGCGCAAGGGGCGUGCCGGUCGGACGGGGCCCGGGGUAUGCUACCGGCUCUAUGCCGAGUCGGACUACGAUGGCUUUGCGGCCUACUCGGUGCCGGAGAUCCAGCGUGUGGCUCUCGACGCCCUGGUGCUGCAGAUGAAGAGCAUGGGUCUGGGGGACCCCCGAGCCUUCCCUUUCCUGGAGCCCCCCCCUGCGGCCAGCCUGGAGACAGCGGUGGGGUACCUAAAGCACCAGGGAGCCCUGGACCCGGAGGAGGAGCUCACGCCCAUCGGGAGCCUGCUGGCCGAGCUGCCCGUGGAGGUGGUGGUCGGAAAGAUGCUGGUGCUGGGGACCCUCUUUGGCCUGGCUGCCCCCACCCUGACCACGGCGGCCGUCCUGAGCGUGCCCUCCCCGUUCCUGCGUAGCGGCAGCGGGCGCUGCGACCCCGACUGUGCCACCUCCAGGUGGCCCCUGGAGAGCCCCCUGGGGGACCCCCUCACCUUGCUGAACCUCUUUGACGCCUGGGUGCAGGUGAAGUCCGAGGGGCGUGGCGGAUCCCGGCGUUGGUGCCGCCGUCGGGGCCUGGAGGAGCACCGGCUGUAUGAGGCCACCAACCUGCGGCGUCAGUUCCAGGAGCUGCUCCGGGACCACCGGCUGCUAGAACCCGCCGCCCGGCCCAGCGACUCCUACACCCGGCAGCGCCACCACCGGCAGCGCCGGGAGCUGCAGCGACUCAAGCGGGAGCACGAGCAAGGAGAGGGCCGCCGGCGCAAGGUGCUCCGCCUGCAGGACGAGCGGGCUGGCUCUUCCUCGGGAGAAGAAGGGGAGGCGGAGCGUGGCCCGGACAUCCAGGACGUGAAGUUCCAGCUGCGCCACAACGUGUCCGAGUUGCAGGCGGCGGCCUCUGCGGCUCAGGGCCUCUCGCGGCCCCAGCUCGCCCUCCUGCAGCUGGUGCUGGGGAGGGGCCUGUACCCCCAGCUGGCGGUCCCGGACCCCUUCAACGGCACCCGCAAGGACUCGGACCAGAUCUUCCACACCAAGGAGAAGGCCGGCAUCCUCCUGCACCCCACCAGCGUCUUUGCCAACUCGCCGGAGCUGCUGACGCCAGACCAGGGGGCUGAGCGCCGCAGAGGCUCAAAGGACGGCCUGAGCAGCCGCCACCAGGUCCUGGCCUUCGUCUCACUGCUGGAGACCAACAAGCCCUACCUGGUCAACUGCCUGCGCUUGCCCGCCUUGCAGGCCCUCUUGCUCUUGGCCCGGUCCCUGGACACCAACGCAGACUGCACGCGCAUCGUGGCCGACUCGUGGCUGGAGCUGCAAGUCCCCGCAGCCGCCCUGCAGCUGCUCUCCACCGCCCUGCGCCUGCGCGCCUCCUGGGAGGAGGUCCUGGGGCAGCAGCUGGCCUGCCGGAGGAGGGGCCUCGGGAGCCAGGCAGAGGGAGCCGCUGAGCGCGGGCCCAGCUCCCGCCAGGUGGGCCAGCUCACCCGGGAGCUGCUGACCUUCCUGCAGACAGAGGUGCAGUACGGCCUGCGUCGGCUGACCCCGCUGGAGCAGCAGCACCUGUACGUGGGGCCCACGGUGGCGACUGCGGUGGGCCCCCCUAGCCUGUUCCAGGGGAUGGAGAUGGUGCCUGACGAGGUGAAGGGGGGCUACAAGGUCGGCGGCUUCCUGACGUUCCAUUGCCUGGCCGGCGAGGGGGACCUCUACGCGGAGUGCCUGCGCAGCUUCUGGACGUGCCCCCGGUGUGGCCUCUACAUGCCCUUCACCCCGCUGGAGCGCGUGGCCCACGAAGACGCCUGCCGGCCCCCGGGUCCAGAGGGGGAGGAGCCCAGCCCGGCUGGUCUUUCGGAAGACGUGGUCCAGGGCCCUUCCGGGGCCUCCGCUCUGCAGCGGCCUUACGAUUGCCCCACCUGCCGGCAGCAGCUGCUCCUGACUCCCACGGAAAUCCUGCGCCACCGGAAGCAGCAUCAGGCGCCACCGGAAGGGUGACGAGUCCUGGGUGGGCCACAGCCCUGGCCUCCCCUCCCCUGUGCAGGACGUGGCAGAGUCUGGCACCGAAGGACGCGUGGUGGGGGAUCCUGCACUGUCGGAAGAGAGGGUGCCUCCCCCCUGCUCCCCCCACUCCCAGGACUCCCCUUGUGGGGACAGCCGAAGGUCUCCCCCCCGCCCCCCCCACCCUC